AUGACGGAAAUGGAAGAUGGCGAGGAAAUAGCGGGCAGAAUUCAUGGGGAUAUCGACCAGCAAACCGGGAAAAUAGAAGACGGGACAGAGUUGGAAGAAGAAGGGAAAAUGAAAAUGAUGGGCGAAGAGAGGAUAGGCAGUCAUUGGGUUCACGACAGGACAAUCACUGUCACAAUGACGGAGGGACAAGAAGCACAUGAAGAGAGAUGGGAAAUAAUUCCUGGAGGUGAUGGAAAAGUGCAUUUGGUUGACCUGAAUCGUGACACUGAACUUCUUGCUAAUUUGUGCCUUACUGGUUGGAUACAGGCUGGAGAUCACAAUGUAAUAAUGGUGGAUUUGAGAGGACCAGCAAGCAAUAUUUUGUAUGUACCGGCUCGUAAUGCAGUUCCAGAGGUUGGUCAGAUAGUUGCACAUUUCAUUGAUUUUCUGGUGCAGCAGGGUGCUAAUGCUGGUAGUAUGGAAGUUGCUGGUCACAGUCUGGGAGCACAUGUUGCAGGAAUAGCUGGAAACAGAGCUGCUGCAACAAUUGGAAGACUAAUUGUUGGGGAUAAGUUGAAUGAAUUUGUAAUAUUCAACAAUUCAUCUUUGUUUUUUCCAGGUGUGAGGAAGUCAAUAUUAAAAUCAACAUCUUAUUAA